CUGCCAGGCGCGUGACACAGGAGGUCGGUUUCGGACUCAUUCAUAGUUUGUUCGUAAACAUCGGUUCGGUUUUUGACGCACAAAGUUGCGGUUUUGUCCGUCGGCGGCUCAGUGGAAGGUCGGGCACCGGUACUGACAGUCUGCCUGGACGGAGGAGGCCGGUGUUCGGGUGUUUUUGGGAAAGUUUGGGUGUUUUUUCUUCGGUGGUUCACGCGGCCCGUGCUGUCGUCGUGGAUGGGCGUGUUGAACCAACUUUCCCCAGACGUUAACGGAGCUUUAACGGAUUAACGGAAAACUCUGGACUUUUUCAAACUCUCGGAUCCGUUAUUUAUCCGCCGAACUUAUUCGUUCAGGUCAACCGGAGGUGUCCGAUUCGUGUUUGUGUCGAUAACUGACACUGAGCGGCUCCAACCGCGUGUUUUUCGGUCUUGUACCCGGGGUUUAAAGGCGAAACAUGUCGGGCUUCAGCCGCCGUCGGUCCGGGUCCGGGUCCCCCUCCCUGACCGAGCAACCGAUCCGACAGAAGCUGCACUUCACGUCCAGCGACGGGGAGGACGAGCCCAUCGAAGACGUCAACAACAGCACCGGAGGCGAGUCGGGCUUCACGGAGCUCGACUCCCCGGUGCCGGUGCGGAGGAGUCGGGACGCGGCCAUGAAGGUGCCGGAGGGCGGCAGCAGCCCCCUCAACCAGUCCGGCGGUGACGACGACGUGGAGCUGUGGGACGAGGAGGAGGGUUUCGGGUCCCCGUCCCACCUGCGGUCACCGAGGAAAGGCCCCCGGCUGUACGGAGGCUCCCCGGAGCGGCCCCCCUACGGACCGGACGACGGGGAAGGGUCCAGCUCCCCCAUCCCGGACUGUCCGGACACACCUCCGCACAAAACCUUCAGGAAGCUGCGGCUGUUCGACACCCCGCACACCCCGAAGAGUCUUCUGUCCAGGGCCAGGGGUUCUGGAGGUCCUGGAUCCUCCAGCAGGAGAGUUGCCCUGUUCAAGAAUGUGGAGGCUUCAGGAAAGUCACUCACAGACAGCAGCAGGAGGCAGCCCACCCCCCUGGUCAACUUUAACCCCUUCACCCCCGACUCCCUCCUCAUCCAGUCGGCCACUCAGCAGAGGAACAACAGGAAGAGGGCACACUGGAACGACUCUUGUGGAGAAGACAUGGAGGCCAGCGAUGGUGAGACGGAGGAUGACAUCUUGCCUCCGUCCAAGAGGGUCACGAUGAUGGAGAGUAACAUGAUGUCCAGAUAUGCUUCUGAGUUCCUGGAGCUGGAGAAGAUUGGCUGUGGCGAGUUUGGCGCUGUGUUCAAAUGCGUAAAGAGACUCGACGGUUGCAUCUACGCCAUCAAGAGAUCCAAGAAACCUCUGGCUGGAUCUGUAGACGAGCAGAACGCCCUACGGGAGGUCUACGCCCAUGCCGUGCUGGGACAACACCCCCACGUGGUGCGGUACUACUCCGCCUGGGCUGAGGAUGACCACAUGCUCAUCCAGAACGAGUACUGCAACGGCGGGACACUGUCGGACGUGAUCACAGAGAACUACCGGAGGCUGUCGUACCUGUCGGAGCUGGAGCUGAAGGAUCUGCUGCUGCAGGUCACACGAGGACUCAAAUACAUCCACUCCACGUCCCUGGUCCACAUGGACAUCAAGCCCAGCAACAUCUUCAUCUCACGGAAGUCGGUACCGAGCUGUGAUGAAUGUGACGAGGACGACGGCCUGACAACCAGUGUUGUCUACAAGAUAGGUGACCUGGGUCAUGUGACCAGAGUAACCAAUCCCCAGGUGGAGGAGGGAGACAGCAGAUACCUGGCAAAUGAAGUCUUACAAGAGGACUACAGUAACCUGACAAAGGCCGACAUCUUCGCUCUGGCUCUGACCGUCAUCAGCGCUUCGGGGGCUGAACCGCUGCCGACCAACGGAGAAAAAUGGCACGAGAUCCGACAAGGAAAACCUCCCAACAUCCCACAAGUCCUUUCUCCAGAGUUUGUCAGUCUCCUGAAGCUGAUGAUCCACCCCGACCCAACCCGGCGACCCUCGACCUCUGAUCUCAUCAAACACCCAGUGCUCCUCACCGCUGCUAGAAUGAGUGCAGACCAGCUCAGAGUGGAGCUGAACGCCGAGAAGUUCAAGAAUGCUCUGCUGCAGAAGGAGCUGAAGAAGGCCCAGCUGGCCCGGGCUGUAGCCGAGGAGAAGGUUUUGUCUACGGACCGGAUCCUGACCCGCUCCACAGUCCAGUCCAACCCCAGAACCUCCAGACUCAUCGGCAAGAAAAUGAACCGCUCGGUCAGCCUCACCAUCUACUGAAGCUUCAACUGGACACUGACGGAUUAAACACGAUGGCCAAUGGACCUCAAACGGACCUGCACAGAUGAACUGGUCCCUGUGGGUCUGAAGAAGAACCCGGUGUGGUUUAUGGCGAGGGCUCUUUGUCCCACUCAGAACUCUGUCCACACCCACCCUGAACUCAUCGCUGUCUUUGUAGUUCUGCAGACGCCGAUGAACUGUGGAUCCAGAAGGCGGUUCCUGAACCUCCUCUGGUUCCUCAAAGCGACGCCCAGGCUCCGUCUCAUCUCUGUCCUCGACCAAACCGAAGCCCAGCGGCGGCAGACCAAGUGUCUUCAUUGUGAAUGUAUUUGCCGUGGCCUUGUGCACCUUACUGCCUGUCGAACGCCUGAUCCUGGUCAAGGAGCUUCUGAGAACUCACGUGUCUGUGACGAGCACUUUGGAGGCAACCAGUAGAACGUCUUACAAGAAAAAGAACCUGCUGCUAUUGAUGUUUUGUGUAUCAGGGUUUGGCCGAUGUCUAGAGGUCCAGUAGCAGGAGUCCAUGGAGGGAAAUCCUCUAGCUCCUCCUCCUGAAGCUGAUCCACGCUGUGAAGAGAACCUUCAGGUGGUUCUACCUGCCCUGUUUGUAGCAUUAGAACAAUCAUCGUCCUGUUCUGUGGAUCCUCAUGUUUUGAGGUUUGCCUUCAAGUACUGUUAAAGCUAUCAUUGUACUUUGUUCUUGUAACUUCUAACACAAAAAAGUCCUUCUGUUGUAACUUGUAUAUAUGUUCUUUUAAUAAAACCAACCUUCUACAA